ACGCACAACCCAAGGAGAAACUUGGUGUCCAGGGGAGGCCCCCGGCGGCUGGAGCGCGGCGGCGGCGGCGGCGGGCUCAGAGGCCGGAGGGAGAGCAGGCGAGGGGCGGCCUGAGCUCGGGGAGGGAGCGAGGCGAGCGGUCAUGUGCCCGUGCCCCCUGCACCGCGGCCGCGGCCCCCCGGCCGUGUGCGCCUGCAGCGCGGGCCGCCUGGGUCUGCGCUCGUCCGCCGCGCAGCUCACCGCCGCCAGGCUCAAGGCGCUCGGCGACGAGCUGCACCAGCGCACCAUGUGGCGGCGCCGCGCGCGGAGCCCGAGGGCGCGGGUGCCCAGCACGCUCCCCACCUACUGGCCCUGGCUGUGCGCGGCCGCGCAGGUGGCGGCGCUGGCAGCCUGGCUUCUCGGCAGGCGGAACUUGUAGGAACGCGGGGCUGCGUGGUGGGGCCAGAGCCGAGACCCAGCCGGAUCGAGCAACAGGUUGGCGAAACCCUGUGUCCUUGGAGAAAGCUGGUUCCCGGUUUCCUGAGGGGGAGCCCAGAGCUUGAAAUGCCGCGGUUGGCACUUCGAGAAGGAAGUGGAAGAUAAAGACGGCACCUGGAGAGAUAGUAGAAACACAGAAGGGGACUGGGGAAGCCCUUGGGAAAGCCAGCUGCAGAAACAGACAUCCCAAUGCUAUUCCCAUAUAGCUCUAUAUAUACAACAAAAAGAGAAAAUAUGAAUAUUACGUAUCAGUGCAUGCCUUGUCGAGGACGUGGUCCCUUCCCUUUCUGCACCUUGAGAUGUGAACUCUGAUACUUUGUAAUGUUUGGGGCACCAGAAGAGAGAUGCCUGCUGCUGUGUAUCUAGGAAAUUUGCAAAGACUGGUGGGGAUUAGCCUCAGCAUCUACCAAUUGCCCAGGCAUAGAUGCUGGUGGAAUAAGAGGUAAAAUUGCAAAAGAGAGAACAAGUAAGCGAGGACUUGGGGCCAACUCUGUAGGGGCAUUCUGGGAUACCGCCAUUUCUUGACAUGUCCUAGCCUCUCUGUCCUCAUCAAGAUAGAUUGCUAGAUCCCACUGUCACAGCCAGAGAAAUGGGGAUUUUUCCCCCUCCUACCAAUCUGGUGUCUCUGGUGCUUCCCUUUCAAUUUUUCUGGUGCUAGUGUGUUUUUCCUGGCGCUGCCGUGGUCCUCUAUUGACAGACUUGGAAGGCCAGGGGGACGAGAGAGUUUUCUAUUUUGCUGUUUCACAGUUUUUUUUAAAGGGAUGAUUCGCAAAAGUGCCACUUAAGAGUCUCUUCUCUUUCUUUAUGUGGGGGUGAAUGCCCAGAGGUGUUGGGAAGCAAACCCUAGAGUCUGGGAGGGACGAGGAGAGGGGCUAGCUGGUGAGGAGAUGAAAAGCUGACCUUGUGUGCAGCGGAUGGGUUGCUGUCCCCUCUGCCCCUGCAGAAGUAUCCUGGGAGUCCAGCCCAUGGCCUCCCCUGCUCCCCAAAGGGAUUUCAGGGCUUAGGUUUUAUGGGUUAAAGAGCCAAGAAAUGGCUACGUUCUGUUGGAGAGUGAUUUAUAAGCAAGGGACAUUGGGAGAGGGAGAGGGCCAUUUAGAUGCAGUGUACCAACAUCUCACUGACUGUCAGAGGUCCAACCCCCCACCAUAAGCUACUAUUUUCAGAAGUUUCUAGAAGGGCUAAAAAAAGACGUGUGCUGGACUGAGACUUGGCUGCAAAGACUCUUCGGGAGCCACAAUUAUUUUUUGCUUUCGUUUUUAAAAAUCGAAGAAAACCAGGUAUUAUUUCUCUGCAGGCAGAGUGUCACACACAGUAACUGCCAUUUUCAAGGCUGAGAUGGUGAGGCAUGGGGCUGGAGAUGCAGAGACAGUCUACAAGGCUGACUUUGCAGGUCACCAGCCAGUGCCUAGGGACAAGGAGCCUGCUGGGCUGGGUAGCAGACAUCCCUUGUUUAAGAAGCCAGCAGCAGGAGCAGGGGUUGUUACAGUACAGGGGGCUGAAAGGGGAACGAGCCCUCGCUGAAAACCACGAGGUCCUCAAGUCUACACAACCUGUAAGGGUUGCAGCAAGCUGAGAGCUGGAUUUCUUUCUUUUUCUUCUGUUUUUUAAUCCAUGCCUUAUGUUUGCCUAAAGAGUCCUUUGAAGAAAAAUGCGACCCAGAACUGUUGAAAGCAAGGGAACACCCCCCGCCCCUUGACUUUGUACCCCCCAGAGCUGAACUCAGAAAAACAAAAAAGAAAGCUGGUUUCUUAGGAAAGCUUUCGCCCAUCUCUGGAGCCUUCCCCCAGGUGCUGUUUGCAGAGACCAGUGAGCAGGCAAGGGCUGCAGAGAGGAGCAGGUGACAUGCCCACAGAGUCAGGGACUUAGAGAGGUUACACUCACUGGAAUGGUCUCUGCUUGUAUUGUUGUCCUUUUCCUAGCUAGUGACAAAAGUCCUACUGAUCCAUUUUCUGGGGACACAGUUCCCAUUACUACAGUUGUGCGCACUUAGAGUUCUCUGCUUCUUUAAGGCUGUAUCUUUAUGAUUGAAGUGGGGACGUGCUGGCCCCUAGAGACCCAAGGAAAGGGUGAAAGGUCAGAGGGUCCCAUUUUUCUUCCCCAGGACCCUGACUUGCCCUCUAGCUUAUGACAUUUCCCCUGGAGGAUCAAACUCCAAACGCUAGGGUUGGCAUUUGGGGCAAUUUUGAUUUCAAUGAAGCCACAUUGCUGAGAGAACUGGGUACCCAUGGCCUCCCGGUGGAGCUUUCCAGCCAAGUCCCUUGUACAUAUUCUCAUGUAUUAUUAGAAACCAUGUAUUUAUCAAAUCCUGGCCUUUUCUUGCAUAUCAUUAAUUUGAGUGCACUUCUCCACUGCCCCGAUUUUUGACAAGGGGUUGUUUUUAAUGCUUGUUUUUAUAUGAGAUUUGACUUCUUGAUGGACAUUUGUAUUAGAAGAUUGAAGCAUGAUAUAUAUGUAUAUAUUGUCUCCACCAUCUCUCCUGUUGCAUUACUUGGAUUGCAUGAGAUAGUGGGAUGGAUCUUUUUUGUGUGUAUUUUUUAGAAAAAGAUUUCCCCAGUGUGCAAAGUGCUGGCACCAUCCCCCCCCUUCCCUCCGGCUGCCAAGGAGUCAUUGAUUUUGAUUAGCUUCACUGCAGAGAGGCUGUGAAGAGAGACAGAGAGAGGGAGGGAGGGAGGCUUUGAAAUAAAUUUUAAAAAAGACCUCAUAUCAGGUUUCAGCAGACAGCAGUGUGUGCAUGGGUGCGUGUGUGUAUGUGUGUGUGUAUCCGUGUAAAGCAGAAGGCGGCCUCUGAGAUCAUCGCUUAGGUAGCUGGCUGCAUAAUGAGGUGAGGGGCCCUCUCUCCUCAUUUCUGAUGGUGCUGCUUGCUCUUAGAGGGUGGGGGUCCGGGAGCCUUAGGGACUGAAGCUGCGUGGGACCCCAAGCCUUCCAGAUAAGAUCUAUUCCCUUCUGGAAGCUUCUCUCCUGCACCCCAUCCCCCACAAACAUCAGCUCUUCAAAUCUGGGGUUCCAUUUCCUAUUCCCUUUGUCACAGAUGUAGUUUGAGUAAAUUUCUUGGGGAGUCCCUCAACCUCGCUGGCCGCUGUCCAUGGUCCUAGGGCAGUGGCGUCUCCUAAAGACAAUUCCUAUUCCCAUCCCCAUCUCCCCUUUAUUGGCAUACUGGAAAUUUCUUUUCCACAUCUUUCAGUGGUCUCCUUUUGUUUCUUUUCUAUUUUGAUACGGGGAAAAUGGUGAUUUAAACAAUACUGUCACAGAACAAUGAAGCUGUGACUAGUUUUACAAUUUAUGUAGCUGAUCUCAUGUAGUCCUCUCGUCAUAUUUUUGACAUUGACAAAAUAUCAUUCUCCCUUGCUGGGAAACUGACUGAGAGAGUCUCCAUGCAUCCUCCUCCUACACAAGCAUCUUUUGGGGACAAUGGAUCAGCACUGUGGACUUUUGAGUGUCCAGUUGGUGUUAGAGGCUGCAGUGACCAGAACACCGAUUUUGUUGUUCUGUGUUGAUCUCAGAUUCUUUUCUGAAAAUUCCCUUAAGUCAACCCAAGAGAAUCAGAGGAUAGAAGUUGGUUAGGGAGUCUGAGUGGAGGCACAUUAGACACCAGUUAGUCCCAUGGGAGCCACAUGGAGAAGCUCCGUGGAGGGAGGAAGCUGAUGUCAAAGUGUCAUUUUAAAGUUUAAGCUGAAAGUUUAUUUUUAAAAUUUUAACCAAUUCACUCAACACAUAUUUAUUGAGCCUCUACAGUGUGCCAGGCUGUAGAACUCCAUCUCAGAAGAGACUGACUUACUGAUCGUGAAGGGGCAGUCCUGCUUGGAACAAGACGAUGUGAAAUGUCCCUUUCCAGUCUAGUUCACAAAUUUUCAAGAUUUGUCAGGUCACCACUGUGACCCCAAGCCUUGCUGGCAGAUUGUUAUAUAGUAUUUAUCAUGUGCCACGCUAUCAGCUGAUGGUAAUUAAGAAGCUCUCACUCUCAACUCAUUCCUAGCAUGCAGACUGGUCCUUGCUGCUUUAUUCAGUGAUCAAACCUCCCCCUUCCGGAGCGGCCAUUGCUGAGCACUGUGGAAAGUGCUUUGCACAUCUGCUCCCUUGCGAUUCUGCACACCCACUCUAGCUGAUUGUACUGUUAGUCCCAUUUGACAGCUGAGGCUCUGAGAGCUUAAGCAGUGUGGCCUAAGGCUGCCCAAACAAUGAAGUGGCUCAGCCAAAGUUGGGAUCCAAUUCUGUGUGACCUCCCCAAGCACAUGAGCUACCGGCUCUGCCAUACUGGGUCUCUUUUGAGGUGGGCCACAGCCUUGCUGGGUCAAGGGCAAACACUGCUAGCUCAAGGGCAAGUACAUAUGGAUGGCCUAGGAGGUAGCUGGGAGCCUGACUUAGGCCCCAUGGAAAGAGUGUCACAUUUGAGGACACUCGAGAGCAAGCUGAUGGUUUAGUGGGGGAUUUAAUGGACUCACUCCGUACCCUUUGUGUUCCUGGUUUUGAUAAGGUCUGGGGCAGGAACAUCUAAUUUGUAAACAGGGUCUGACCAUUGCAUGGGUGGGAAGCUUUUCUUAUUGGCCCCCUGCUUUCUCUCCCAUGCGAGCCCUCAAGUUCUUCCCCCUAGGUCUUUUGCACUGUAAGCACCAAGGAGCCCUUGUGCUUGGCAGGAAUGACCGUGAGGGUAUCUGGAACCUCGGUGGGGCCCCUGGCCCAGCCAGAGAGGCAAUAAGCUUGGGGACAUUCCGUUCUGGGUUCUGACGUUGUUGGUUCAUUGUGCUCUUUUGUAAGAGGAAUUUCAUACCUUGGAAAUGCUUUGUACAUAUUUGUAAUGAUUUUAUUAAAAAAUUGGUU